CUGUAUUUCUGAUUUUCAUCCUGGAUUAUGGCAUUUACCUCUGUCCCUGACUCACCUAUAUAGAAGUGUUCUCUAUGGAGUGGGUCAAUGAGACUGUGGUGAGUGAAUUUGUCUUCCUCGGCUUUUCAUCUCUGGCUGGGCUGCAGCUGCUGCUCUUUGUUGUCUUCCUGCUCCUCUACUUGUUCACUCUGGGCACCAAUGCCAUCAUCAUUUCCACCAUCAUUCUGGAUAGAGCCCUUCAUACUCCCAUGUACUUCUUCCUAUCUGUCCUCUCCUGCUCUGAGACUUGCUACACCUUUGUCAUUGUACCCAAGAUGCUGGUUGACCUGUUGGCCCAGAGGAAGACCAUUUCCUUCCUGGGCUGUGGCAUUCAGAUGUUUACUUUCCUCCUCCUUGGCUGCUCCCACUCCUUCCUGUUGGCAGCCAUGGGUUAUGAUCGCUUUGUGGCCAUCUGUAACCCACUGCAUUACACAAUACUCAUGAGACAUGGGGUGUGUGUGAGACUAGUGGCUUCUGCCUGUGUCUGUGGCUUCACUGUCUCCCUCAUCACCACCUCACUGGUGUUUCACCUGCCCUUCCACUCCUCCAAUCAUCUCCAUCACUUCUUCUGUGACAUCUCCCCUGUCCUCAAACUGGCAUCUCACCAUUCCCGCCUUAGUCAGUUGGUGAUAUUCACGCUUGGUGUGGUUGUCUUAGUUAUUCCACUAUUACUUAUCCUGGUUUCCUACAUCCGCAUCAUCUCUGCCAUUCUUAAAAUCCCAUCCUCUGUUGGAAGAUACAAGGCCUUCUCCACCUGUGCCUCCCAUCUCAUUGUGGUAACUGUUCACUAUGGUUGUGCCUCUUUUAUCUACUUAAGGCCAAAGACCAAUUACUCUUCAAGUCAAGACACCUUAAUAUCUGUGUCUUAUACAAUCCUCACCCCAUUGUUCAAUCCAAUGAUUUAUAGUCUGAGAAACAAGGAAUUUAAAUCAGCUCUUCGAAGAACAAUGGGCCAGACUUUAUAUUCUGUUAAUUAGAAACAAGUUUCAACUAUUCAUGACUACCAUGU